CGAUAGGCGGCAUCCCUACUUCGUUUCAUGCUAUCCAAACCUCGGAAUCAACUGGCGUUCCCUAAAUAUCUAUAGUAUCUUUUGCGCUUUAUUUUCUUUCUUCGCUACUACAGGUGUAUAGAUAGUACCAUGUUCUUGCGUGUCUAGCUCUGUAUGGCCGAGUCUUCCAGGUUGUCUCUCCCUCGCAAGGUUUUUUCCUUCUUUCUAUCUUGUCCCUCGGACUCGUCACCAUUGUAGUAGCUGUCUCGAGCUUUCACGAAUGGCGCCCCUCUGCAAGUUUUACCAGCAAGGCAAUUGUCGGAAUGGCGCGAGUUGUCGCUUUGAACAUCCCGGCGCCAACACGAACUCAAAUCCCUUUGGCGCUCCGAAUGCCAACAGAUUCAAUGCUCUAGGCAACACUUCCACGGGAGUACAGGGCGACGCGAACCUUUACAAAAUCACCAAGGACGCCAUCAAGACAGAUCUCGCCAGCGAACGCCCCUCAUGGAUUCUAUCAUGCUAUGGUCCGGGCAAGGAUGCGCCAGAACAGCUGUUUGGCGGAUACCCACGCGAACAGAGUCUCGAGGAGGCUAUGGUAUAUAUAAGAGGAUCUGCGAAUCCACAGCAGGCAAUGGCAGAGGUUACUGCACUUCACAACCAAGCCGAGCAGCAGAUUCAGACCACUCUUGGUAAUCUUGACGGUGCUCUUCAGUUUGUCCUGGCCGGCGCAAACAAUCAUCCGAAUCGUAUAGACAUCUGCAAGCAGAACACGAUGGAGGGGGGCACUACGGGUGUAUUCGCUGUCAAGACAGGCUUUGCAGACAACCCGUUAACCUCCAAUACUAGUGCCAACCAGAGUCCCUUCUCGACAACCACACAGCCCAACCCUUUUAGUGGUGGAACGCCAGCAUUCGGUCAACCAUCUAGCCUCGGCCGACCGGCUAAUCCUUUCGGAGGCGCGACAGCGACGACGACGACAUCUGCGUUCGGCCAGCCUUCACAAAUGGGUGCCACCGCUCCCGCCUUCGGCCAACCGUCGCAGAUGGGUGCUACCGCUCCUGCUUUUGGGCAAUCAUCGCAAAUGGGAGCUUCUGCACCCGCGUUCGGUCAACCGUCUCAAAUGGGAGCGUCUGCGCCUGCAUUUGGCCAGCCAUCACAGAUGGGAGCAUCAGCGCCGGCAUUCGGACAGCCGUCACAAAUGGGAGCUUCUGGGCCUUCUUUCGGCAAGCCUUCAGCAUUGGGCCAGGGAACUAGCCCAUUCGCUGCAGUAUCGAACACAGGUCCUUCUCCAUUUGCCCAAGCCAGCCAGCCCAGCGGCACUCAGUCUUCCCCUUUCGGGGCGCCAUCACCUUCAGCUGCGAAUCCAUUUGGCCAGCCGAGUGGCUCGAUGUCAGGGGCUAGCCCUUUUGCAAACGUCUCUGGCGCCGCACCCUCAGCAGCCUCUAACACUUCACCAUUCGGGCAACCCGCAGCGGCAAACCCUUUUGCUCAGAGUGCAGCACCGAAGGAUCAGUCUAUGGAUACUUCCGGGCCUGAGCCUACAUCCAGCAACCCCUUUGGCCAACCUAAUGCGGGCAUUAAUGCAAAUACGCAAUCAAACUCACCCUUCGGGAAUCCGAAUCCUCAGCCUACAAAUGCAGGCGCCAACCCGUUUAGCCAAGGACCGGCGCAAAAUCAGACACCUCAAGCUGGUCCGUUCCAGACACCAUCCUCCACAUCAAACAACGCUGGCCCUUAUGCGCCGGGGAGCACCAAGCAGCACCCGCCUGUUGAGAGCUAUAUGACGAAGGCCAUGAACGGGGCAAUCACAGCCUUCAAGAACCAACCAGUUAUCUACAAAUACAAGGUUAACGACCGGUACCAGGAUCAACGACCUCCCGACGCGAGGCCGGACCAGCUGACACCGGGGUUCCGAAAACCAGACGGUACCUGGUGCAAGAUUCUAUUUCCCGGUGGACCGCCCGCCUACAACAAGGAUACGGAGCCAGACGCUAGCCAGUACGACGCAACUGUGAAAGCGGCGUAUGAGCAGAUGGCGGCCACGGGACGGUUUCAGGGGGGGAUGCCCGAGGUACCGCCCAUGAGAGAGGAUUGUAUUUGGUCAUUGUAAUAGGUUUAUCAUGGGUUAGGUUGGCAUUUAGAGGAAUUGUAUAUAUAACACGGUGGCAUGAGACUAGCACUCGGCAGCGAAAAAGGCGGCGUUGCUUUAUGAAUCAAGUUAGAGUAAUCUACCAUAUAAGGACGAGUUUAUAUCACGGCAUUAGAUACCCCAGAGCUGAAAUGAAGCAGAGGUUCAAAACACAAUUCACUCGAUUUAGACUAAA